UCCAAGAUCACAGCCUCACGCAAACUCUUGUUGAAGAGUUUGAUGCUGGCAAAAGCGAAGGAGGAGUGGGAACAGGAGAUCGUGGACAAGCAGUCAGAGAAGGAAAGAUACCUGUCUGAGCGGAUCACACCACUGCACACCAGUGGGCUUUCCUUGAGCCAGCUCCAGGACCUGUGCAGGGAGCUGCACGAGAAAGUUGAGAUCGUGGAUGAAGAGAGAUACGACAUCGAAGCGAAAUGCAACCAUAAUACUCGUGAGAUUAAAGAUCUGAAAAUCAAAGUGCUUGACCUCCGAGGAAAGUUCAAGCGCCCCCCCCUGAGGCGAGUCCGCGUCUCCGCCGAUGCCAUGCUGAGGGCUCUGCUGGGCUCCAAGCACAAGGUUUCCAUGGAUCUGAGAGCCAACCUGAAAUCUGUCAAGAAGGAGGACACGGAGAAGGAGCGCCCCGUGGAAGUGGGCGACUGGCGCAAGAACGUGGAGGCCAUGUCGGGGAUGGAGGGGCGAAAGAAGAUGUUCGAUGCUGCCAAGUCGCCCACGGGCCAGUGA